AUGGAGGACCUCGCCAGCGAGUUCCAGGAGGACUUCAUGGAGGCCGUGAAGGUGCUCGAGGACUUCUCGUCCUCGGACGGCGAGCUCAAGGAUGCGAUGCGAGAGUUUCGCGAGAGGAUCGCCGCGAGGAGGUACAGCUGCGCCCCCAACUUCUGGGACGACCUGCGGCGUGGCCUGGGCGCCAUCGAACGCGGCAGGGAGGACGGCCCCGCCAAAAGUCGGGCGCAGCAGGUCCUGAAGCAGAUCGCGCGGCUCGAGGUCAAGUUCUGGGCCAAGGAGAGCAUCGGGAUGCUGCGCGAGAUGGACGCGGAGUCGCGCCUGGAGCGUAUGGUGGACUGGCUCCAGACGUUCGACGCCUCGGACUCGGGCGACCAGUCCUCAGGGCCCGCCGUGCUCUUCCAGGUCCUGAACGACCUCACCCUCCAGAAGGAGAUGGACCAGGCCCAGCGCGACGCGCUGGCGGCUACCGUCCGGGAGAACCUCGGGAAGUUCCCGUUCCAGAUGCAGGCGGUGCUCGAGCGCGUGGGCAGCCUGCAGAAGCGGGGGCCGCCCGUGCUGGGGGACUGGCGGCGGCGGAGCCAGGCGGUUGCCCAGGAUCCGCCCGCCGCCGGGGGCACCGGGGCCGCGUUCCUGCCCGCGCCGGCGCCCCGGCUGGUGGAGCGGCCCGGCUUCCUGGGCAGCCUGAACGUGUCCAUCCUCCCGGCGACCUCGGCCAGCCUCGCGGCGACCUCCGCCGCCGCCGCCGCCGAGCAGGGCGGCGAUGCGGGCGUGCCGGCGCCUGCGGCCGCCCUGCCGCCGUGGGCGGAGCACGGGGCGGCGAGCCCGCCCCCGGCCGCCGCCGCGGAGGAGGAGGGCCAGGCCGAGGAGGACGAGCCCGCAGGCGCCGAGCCCUUCAGGAUCGAGGACGUGAGCCCCGAGCUCCUGGCGCGGGCGCAGAAGGCCACCCUCGCCCUCCUGGAGUCCAACUCCGGCGAGUGCCCGAAGCACUUCGUGCGGGCCCUGCUGAAGCAGGCGGGAGUGCCGGGCAUGCCCAUCGCCGCGCUCGGCGAGUCCUUCUUCUUCUCCGCCACCGAGGUCUUCCUGCGGCGCGGGGGCGCCCCCGCACCGGAGCCGGGCGCGCCCUCGAGGUCCGGCGCCCCGGAGGAGCUCCGGCAGGCGCUGGUCUCGCUGGUGCGGGAGGCGGGCGGGCGGAUGCAGCUGGCGCAGCUGGCCGAGAAGACGCAGUGGCACACCGGGUCGGUGCGUCACAGCAUGUACGGCCCGCUGCGCAAGGCUGUUGCCACGAUGCCUGAGCUGGUCUUCGAGCCCAAGAAGGUCUUCACGAUGGAGGCCGCGAAGCACUUCAUCGCGGCCUUCGCCCCCGCUGUCGAGCCGCUGCCCGAGGGCGCCGAGGAGGACUCGGCCGCGGCCGCGCCGCAGGCGUACGUCGGGGACGCCUUCGCAGAGCUGCUCGCGACCGCUCGCGCCUGGCUGCACCAGGCCGAGGGCAAGCUGGACGACCACGCGCUGCUGAAGCUGUCGAAGGCGAUGGGCUUCCGCACGCGGGCGGUGAUCUCGGCGCUGGCCGGAGACAUCUUCUGGUGCCACCCGGAGGCGGAGAUCGAGGUCUUGCUCCGGACGGCGAAGGGCAAGCAAGAGCACCCGCAGCCCCUGCCGGACGUGUACCUGCACCAGCAGGUCCACCAGGCCCUGGUCGCCAAGGUGAAGGAGCUAGGCACGAAGGCGAAGUCCGACAAGCUGGCGGCCGCGCUGAACUGGAACGCGAAGUCCGAACUCAAGAGGACGUACGGAACGGUGCGUGUGGUUUUACGUGGUUUAAGAGACGUUUUCUUCGAGCCCAACAAGCUCUUCUUCAAACAGUCGCUCGACGGCAUUGUGGAGUGGCCGGUCGGCAAGAAUGGCCGGUUGGGUCCGCGAGAUGAUUCCGGCGUGACCGAGCACUGGACCCCGGCCGUGGACGAUCAGAAGCUGGCGGGGGAUCCGGCCUGGACGGCCGUGAAGCGGCAGGUCCUCGGCACGCUCAUGAGGAACGGUGGCCAUGCCGAGGCCCAGGUCCUGAGGCAGCUGCUGUUACCCCUCGAGGAUGUUGAGCUCGAGGCGCUCUUCGAGCCCGGCUCCGACCGCGACCUGAGCGACCUGCUGUUCUGGGGCCGCGACUCGGUGUGCUGCCGGAGGCCGCAGGCCGUGGUGCCCGCGGAGGGCGAAGAGGUCCCGCAGGCCCUGCGCGACGCGCUGGUCAGCAUGGUCAGGGCGCAGGGCACGGCCCUGGUGGCGGACUUGAGGUCGGCGCUGGACACGGGAGGCCUGCUCGAGGACGUGGACGACGCCGGCUUCUGCGGCAUCCUGCAGCGGGUUCCGGAGCUCUUCUUCAUGCCGGACCGCGUCUUCCUCAGGCACGUCGUGGAGACGAUCAUCAUCGAGGAGGCGACGAACCCGCUUGUCCUGGAGGGCACCGACGACGCCGUCCCCGUGACGGCCCUGCCCGCAGCGCCCGACGCCGCCGCAUCCGAGGGCGGCGCGGGCUUCUUCAGCUUCAGCGGCUUCGCGCCCGGGCAGGAGGGGCCGGCCGCCGACGAGGCGUCGGAGGGCGCCAAGGCGGAGCCGGCCGCGAAGCGGCCGAGGCUGGACGCCAGCGCCGCGGAGCAGCCAUGGGGCGACGAGGCACCGCCCUGGGCGUGCGAGGGCGCCGCCGUGGUCGUGCGGGGCGCGGACGGCGGGGCGCCCGACGCGGGCGGCGCCAUUGUGCAGAGGUGCGGCGCGACCUGCGUGGUGCGGCUGGCGCGCGGCGGGCGGGAGGUGAGCGUACCCACGCCCAUGCUGCUGCCCGUGGCCCCGAGGGUCGGCGCCACCGUCCGCGUGAUCGACGGGGACUGGAGCGGCUGCACGGGAGAGCUCGUGGGCCUCGCCGGCGCGGCGGGGGUGGUGCAGAUAGGGAAGAUGUCCUACCAGACGCUCCCGAUGGCUCAGCUGGCGGUGCUCGCCGACGCCUCGUGA